GACAAGCCCCUGUGGUAUUUCACUGGAGGGUACCAGCGCGUCACAUUCCAUAGCGGCCUGUGAGCAAAUGGGGAUGGCCAGCUCUCCUGGCCAGCUUUUGGACCACAGCACUCCAUCUUCGUCUGUUGGCUAUUCUGAAUCAUCUGGAACCUGCUCUGGUCGUUCAACACCUGCUUCCGCCAAGCUCUCAAGGAGGCCCAGGGACGUCAUAAAACGCCUACAAGCAAAGGUUUCCAGUUACAGAAAGACAAUAUCAAGACUGCGCAAGCAACAGAAGCAAAUGCCUCAAACAGCUGACGAAGCACUUGAAAUGGUGCGUCCAUUUGUGACAGACGAGGUUUUCGGACUUAUCUCGUCACAUGUAAAAUUAGGGCGCAAGGGACGAGGAAAACGGUUUCCACUGUGGCUCAAGAAGUUUGCUUUGCAUCUGAACUUUCAUGGCCCACAGGCAUACCGUUUUCUAUCGUUACAUUUAACGCUUCCCACUCAGCGUUCACUGCGUAGGUGGCUGUCGAACGUAAAAAUGACUCCUGGUAUUAUACCUGGUGUCAUGUCCUCCAUCGAAUCUCAAACGCGGUCUUGGAAUGCACGUGAUCGUGUCUGCACCUUGAUUUUUGAUGAGAUUGUUUUGAAGAAGAACUUGACAUACGACCCUGCACACGACAUUAUCCAUGGAUUUACAGAUGACGGUGUUGAACGAACCUCGACCAUAGCAGAUAGAGCCCUGGUUGUUGUGCUCUCUGGAAUUUCCAGGAGGUGGGUUCAGCCCCUCGCAUACACUGUUGGGCACACUUCAACACCGUCUUCUGUUAUCCGGAGCCUCCUGAUUUCUCUCAUUCGAGAGCUUAAGACUGUUGACUUCACUGUGAAGGCCGUGGUCUGUGAUCAGGGGGCUUCAAACGUAAGCUUAGCCAACCAACUUGGUGUAUCUGCUGAUAAGCCAUUUUUUGAAGUCGACAACGAACGUGUUUACUUUAUCUUUGAUGUUCCGCACCUCAUCAAAACAACAAGAAACAAUCUCCAAGCCCACAAACUUUGCAUUGGGGAUGAGGUCAUUGAAUGGUCCCAUAUUGUUGAACUUUAUCGUUCUACUCAUGAGAUGAGGUUGCGAUUGGCUCCAAAACUUACUGAGAGGCACAUUUUUCAAAAACCUUUCAGUAACAUGAAAGUUAAGCGUGCCACACAGGUCCUGAGUGCCUCAGUCUGUCUUGCCAUUCUAUCCCUUGUUUAUGCCAAGGAGCUUCCUGAGGCAGCCAUGGCUACAGCCUAUUUUUGUGAUAGAAUGGACAGACUUUUUGAUUGUUUAAAUAGCUCGCAAUUCAAGAAGACGGGGCAGAAGUUGCGUCAUGCAAUUUUGAAAGGAGAAUCUGAGAUACUCGAUUUCCUUCACCAACAACUCGCAUGGAUUUCAACAUGGAAGUUCCAAAGUAGGAGGCAGCCACAAACCACCAUAGGGUGGCAAGUUACAAUAAGGAGUGUCCUCAUGCUCUGGGAUGAGCUUUCAAACAGCUAUGGCUUUAAAUUCUUACUUACUCGACGCCUGCAGCAAGACCCACUGGAGAACAUUUUUGGGGCAAUAAGACAAAUGCUGGGCUGCAAUACAAACCCAAAUGUGAAUCAGUUCACCUCGGGACUGAAACACAUCGGGAUAAAAAAACUGUUCAGACUCUCUAACAAUGGAAAUGUAGAGGAUGAAAAGGCUGACCUCCUCAAGGAGUUGCCAAUAUUUUCGCACCAUGAAAGUUCCAUUGCAGACAAUGUGGAAUGUUUUCCAGUUGAUAACUUCCCGCCACUAGAAGAUAUUUCUGAGCUGGCAUCAGACAUCAGGUCUAAUAUAAUUGACGACUCGUGCACUUACUACGUUGGAGGCUAUUUGAUCAAACUUUUCCUUGAACAGACAACCCGCAGCUGUGGCUGUUCUAAGCUGCUAAAGGAU